AUGGCAAAUGAUUAUAAUCUAAGAAAGUUUUGUAUCUCACACUCCAGUUUGUGCAAUAUGGUUGUGGUGGAAAGAAUUAACUUAUUUGAACCUUUCGAUAAUGUCAUCCGUCUACUCAAAUUUUUGGGCUGUUGGUAUUUUCCAGACGAAAGCGUAGUUUAUAAAAUUUACAAAAACUUUGUAAUAACUACGUGUUUCGUAUAUACUUUAACAAUCUGUAUUUCGGGAUUUCAAACUGGGUCCAUUGAAACUUGGGAAGUCGCAGUCGGUACCGCGGAAGGAGUUUUGAAAAGUGUAAUAUUCCGUAGAAAAUUCCAAAAAAUCACCGAAUCAUGGCAACAAAUACAGCAAGAAGAAUUUCAACCAAGAAAUGAAAAACAAAGAACAAUUUUAAAAAGAUACAUUGAGAUAACAAAAUUUGUCUUCAGAAUAUAUUUUUUUGGAGCAUAUAUUGGUUGUGUAAGCGGAGUAAUUAUAUCGUCUUAUUUGAGACACAAAGAUUUACCCACGGAUCACUGGUUUCCAUUUGAUUAUCACAAACCUAUUUUGUACCAAUAUAUUUAUACUCAUAUAGCAGUUGGUCUAUAUCUUAAUUCUCUUUUAAAUUGUGUUUUCGAUUCAUGUUUAUUCGUAUCUUUGCUGCAAAUUACAGCUCAGUGUGAGAUACUGAUUGAUACACUUAAAAAUAUCCACAACUUACAUGAACUAAAUGCAGAUAACAAAGUUUCAGAACAGAAAAGUAAGAAUGAAGUAAUGAAUGAAAUUCUAAUCGAAUGUAUACAACAUUACCUCCUUAUUAAAAAGUACACUAACUUAAUUACAGAUGGUUUCAAAGAAAUUAUUAGUUUACAGUUAUUUUUACCGACAUUUGCAAUGAUUUGUUUCUCAAUGUAUAAAAUAUCUCAGCUACAACCAUCAGACACACAAUUUUGGUUUUUUGUAUUCACUGCACUCGGUGUCACUGUCCAAAUUUUUUUUUAAUGUUUUCUUGGUAAUCUGGUUACUACCACAAGUGAAAAAUUAUUUUAUGCAACGUUUGAGUCACAAUGGUACGAAGCAUCUGAAAACUUUAAGAAAAAUUUAAUUAUGGUCAUGAUCACAGUUCAAGAUCCGAUUAUUUUUUAUGGUUGGAAUAUUUUUGCAAUCAACUAUGAGACAUUUAAAUCAAUUAUGCGAAUUUCAUGGAGCAUUUGUGUUGCUUUGAAAAGUAUACAAGAUUAA